AUGGAAGAUGUUCUCGUACCGCAGGCUUUUGCUAUCGCCGUUCGAAAAGCCUUGCCAACCCCUGCAUUCCACCUUUACGUAUUCCCGACCGCCGCGAUACAAACCCAGCGCUUGGACCAAUUAAUGGUCCCCCGGACCAACUUCCAAGCACUUGUAGCAGCGGCGGACUCAUGUGGAACAGGCUCUUUGCUCCUUGACAAACUCUUCUCGAACCUAGUGCAUCCUGAAUGGCAGAGUGCCCUGUGGGAACGGUCAUUGCAAUCCAGGGUUGUAUUUGCAUUCCGAAUGGUGGGACACCUUGUGGUACUGCUCAUUACUGCCCACGGGGGGACACAUGUUGCCAGCCCGGUGUCAGCUGUAUGCUGUAAUCCAGGAUACGCAUGCGGAUCGGAUCAUUCUUGUUAUGCCAGCAGUUCGAGCCCCGCUACUCCGGGUUAUACAUCCCCUCGAACCUCCAUACCUACUCCGACCCCCACCACUCUUAGUACCACUGCCGCUGCGGGUUCCGCGGCCUCUGCCCCUGCCGCUGGCGCCUCCGUUGCAUCUUCCACCGCUGUCUCUACCACAACCUCAGCAUCUGGUCAUACGCUCAACUAUCCAGAUUUGACAGUCUUUUUCGGGACAGUGAUCGUACCGGUCCUUUCUCUGAUUUGGCUAUGA